GGAACCCGGAAGUGGUCACGGAACUCGGCUGCGGCUCCAUGGUCUGAGUUGUCAGCCGUUGUUUUUUCGUGCUCGCUAGUCGCCGCCGCCGCGCCGCCAUGGGGAAGCGACAGCACCAAAAGGACAAAAUGUACAUUACCUGUGCUGAAUACACUCACUUUUAUGGUGGCAAGAAGCCAGAUCUCCCACAAACAAAUUUUCGUCGUUUACCUUUUGACCACUGCAGUCUCUCUCUGCAGCCCUUUGUCUACCCAGUCUGCACUCCCGAUGGCAUCGUCUUUGACUUACUGAACAUUGUUCCAUGGCUUAAGAAGUACGGGACCAACCCCAGCAAUGGAGAGAAGCUGGACGGGAGGUCCCUGAUCAAGCUGAACUUUUCCAAGAACAGUGAGGGGAAGUACCACUGCCCAGUGCUUUUUACCGUGUUCACCAACAACACCCACAUCGUGGCUGUGAGGACGACCGGCAACGUCUACGCCUAUGAGGCAGUGGAACAGCUAAAUAUCAAGGCCAAGAACUUCCGGGACCUGCUGACCGACGAGCCCUUCUCCCGGCAGGACAUCAUCACCCUCCAGGACCCCACCAAUUUGGACAAGUUCAAUGUCUCUAACUUCUAUCAUGUGAAGAAUAACAUGAAAAUAAUAGACCCAGAUGAAGAGAAGGCCAAACAGGACCCGUCUUAUUAUCUGAAAAAUACAAAUGCCGAGACCCGAGAGACCCUGCAGGAGCUCUACAAGGAGUUCAAAGGGGACGAGAUUCUGGCAGCCACCAUGAAGGCCCCGGAGAAGAAGAAAGUGGACAAGCUGAACGCUGCCCACUAUUCCACAGGGAAGGUCAGCGCUUCCUUCACCUCCACCGCGAUGGUCCCGGAGACCACACAUGAAGCAGCUGCCAUCGACGAGGAUGUGCUGCGCUACCAGUUUGUGAAGAAGAAGGGCUACGUGCGGCUGCACACCAACAAGGGCGACCUCAACCUGGAGCUGCACUGCGACCUGACACCAAAAACCUGCGAAAACUUCAUCAGGCUUUGCAAGAAGCAUUAUUACGAUGGCACCAUCUUCCACAGAUCCAUCCGGAACUUUGUGAUCCAAGGGGGCGACCCCACAGGCACAGGCACAGGUGGGGAGUCAUACUGGGGGAAGCCCUUCAAAGAUGAGUUCCGGCCCAACCUCUCGCACACGGGCCGCGGCAUCCUCAGCAUGGCCAACUCCGGGCCCAACAGCAACAAGUCUCAAUUCUUCAUCACGUUUCGCUCCUGUGCCUACCUGGACAAGAAGCACACCAUCUUUGGACGGGUUGUUGGGGGCUUUGACGUACUGACAGCCAUGGAGAAUGUGGAGAGUGACCCCAAAACUGACCGCCCUAAGGAGGAGAUCCGCAUUGAUGCCACUACGGUGUUCGUGGACCCCUAUGAGGAGGCCGAUGCCCAGAUCGCGCAGGAGCGGAAGACACAGCUCAAGGUAGCCCCGGAGACCAAAGUGAAGAGCAGCCAGCCCCAGGCAGGGAGCCAGGGCCCCCAGACCUUCCGCCAGGGCGUGGGCAAGUACAUCAACCCAGCAGCCACGAAGCGAGCGGCAGAGGAAGAGCCCUCAACCAGUGCCACUGUCCCCAUGUCCAAGAAGAAGCCCAGUCGGGGUUUUGGGGACUUCAGCUCCUGGUAGCAGCAGGUUGGCCGCUGUGGACCUUGGUGGGGUUGCAGGGCUGGGGGCCCAUGUCCACAUCUCCAUUUCCAGCCUUUCUAGCCUGCCCUCUGCUGCCAGCCAAUAAAUUGCUUGCCUGCUGCCUGCAUCCCCUUUCCUGGCCCCUGGGAGCCCACAGCCUUCCCAUCCCUUAACCUGUUGCCAAGGGCCUUGGCCCUGUUUCCAGGACUUGGCCCAGCCAGAGCCCACUGCUGGGACCUUCAAGCACAAGGCCUGCCCUACACCCAGGCUGGUGCCUCAGGCCUCUCCUCUAGUAGGCAGGCCAGGUUAGUGAGGAAGGACUGUGUCUCCAGAUUCUGGUUUCCUCUUUAAGACAGGGUCUUGCUCUGUUGCCCAGGCUCCAGUGCGGUGGUGUGAUCAUGGCUCACUGCAGCCUCGACCUCCUGGGCUCAAGCAGUCCUCCUGCCUCAGCCUCGCAAGUAGCUGGGACUACAGGCGUACACCACCACGUCCAGCUGUAUAUGUCUGGUUUUCUUACCCCUCCUUCUGUCAUCUUCUCAGGGACAGCCUGUUUAUACAACCAAUGUGGUCCCCUGACCAACGACAUCACCUGGGACAAGUUUUCAGACCCCAGACUUACUGAGCCUAAGCCUCUGCAGGGUGGGCUUCUCGGUCUGUUUUGACAAAACUUCAGGGGCUUCUGAAGACUGGUGCUGGACGGCAGCAUUGACUUUCCUGCCGUGCCCUGCCUGGGCUCUCGGGGCCCCACUCACCUGCUCUGGCUGUGAACCACCUGGGCUUCAUCUCAAGCCUGCCUGGCGUCUCUGUGCCCCCGUGAGAAUCUUGAGGGGACCCACACUGGGUUGAGGCCAGUGUCUCCUGCUGUGAGAACAAGUGGAUGUCCCUCUCCCCGCCCUCCUGCUGAAGUGGCCUUGCUGCUCUCAGGCCCAGCCAUUGGGCUCCAAGACUCUGCUCCUCCUGUCACUGACUCUGGUGGCCUUGGGCCGGCCGCAUCAGCAGCCCUUAAAGAAAGACCCCUCCCUCAACCCCCAUUUUUCUGUUAAAUGCGCCCCUGGCUGGCUUUUUCUUCCGUCUUCAGCCCGGGCCAGUGGUCAGUGUUCUCAUGUCAUGGACUCUCCUUGCCUGACACUUGCCUCUUGGGCUCCCUGUUGCCCUCAGGCCACCCCCACUUCUAGUUCUUCACACUAAGCCCUAACUUAGGCCUUGUUCUUGGUUUUCUCAUUUUUGUUGCCCCAAAUCUUGAACCUGUCAGCAGCUUGCAGGCUGUACCUCUGUGCUUCGUUUUCUCAUCACAUGCUGAAGCUGCAGGCCUGAGCCCUUUGUCUCCCUGGAUGCUGGGUGGCGCCUCAUCUGCAUCUCUGCCUCACCCCGUCCACUGCCACAGGCUGCCUGAUGACCGCUAGAGGUAUGUCUGUCUGCCCCUCGUCACCCUGCUGCACACCAACCUGUGGCCCUUCAUCAUGCUAAGAACAAGAACUGCGCCGUGGCUGGCUUCUUCUCUUCUCCAUCCCAUCCCUCUGCAGCCUGUCAUCCCUGUCUGUGACCACUGGUCGGGUCCCUGGGCUCUAGAGUGACUUUUGACGCCCUCCAUGCCUCCCGCCAGGCACUGUCCUCAGCAAGGCCUGGUGCAGCCCUGGCAGUAACUGGCUUGUAAGAGGCUCAGACACCAAGCUGGGCCUGCAGAGGAGGGGCACAGUAGGACACAGUGACUGCCCAGGUGUCCACACACCUGUAGGCCUCUGAGCCAGCGUCCAGGGUACAGGUGCGGGUGGUGGGGAUGAAGGCCUGACCAGGGAGGGAGAAGCAGGUUUGGAGAGGACCCUGUGCCCACCCUGACAGACACCCUGGCUGGCCCUGACUGACUAUAUUCUCUGGCCACAUUCAAAUCCCCCAUUGGUGGGGGCAGAGAAGUAGGACCAGGCCGCCCUUGGCUCCAGAGCUCAAAGACCCCCAAGACAGCCCUCUGCUCUCAGCGGUGCCACAGAGAGCCUGGGCUCAGCCUUCUGCAUCAGGACAUGGCCUCGUCCACUGAGGGCACGAUUUAAACAUUUGACAUCAGAAGCUUUAUUUGUAAACCUCACACAGAUAAGGACCAAGGGCUGGCGGUGUGGCCAGAGGACAGGGGAAGCUGAAGGCCCCGUGCUUGAGCUCGGCAGUCCUGCUCCUUGCAGUGAAGCCACCGUGGGUGACCGUCCAGCCUCACCCAGUGGCCUGCACAGUGAGGGAAGGGCUUCAGGGCCAUCUGCCCCCAGGGGAGGGGACAGGCCACCAAGGACCUUUGGCAAAUGAAGGUUUACAUUUCUGUAGUUUGUUUUAGAGCUUAAUUUGUAGUUUUUUAGCUAUUAAAACCAUUUGAAUUUUUAACGACCUGAUGAGGGCAUCAGGUAAAUUAAAGAAUUUUGGAAAGA